CGAAUUCCCAGGACUCGGGAGCGGUGGUAAAAGAGAGGAGGGCAGGAAAGAAAGCUCUAAGAGAAGACGGGAGAGGUCUGGGGAGGAGGUGGAGCCGCUGCGGGAGGCAGCCGGGCCGAGCUGAGUAAGGCUGCGGGCUCGGCGGGGGCCAUGGAGCUGCUAAAGCUGAACCGGAGCGUGCCGGGAUCCGGACCCGGGCCCGGGGCUUCCCUGUGCCGCGCAGGUGGCCCUCUCCUCAACAGCAGCAGCGCGGGCAACCUCAGCUGCGAGCCCCCUCGCAUCCGUGGAACUGGGACUCGAGAAUUGGAGCUGGCCAUUAGAAUCACGCUUUACGCAGUGAUCUUCCUGAUGAGCGUUGGAGGAAAUGUGCUCAUCAUUGUGGUCCUGGGACUGAGCCGUCGCCUGAGGACAGUUACCAAUGCCUUUCUCCUCUCACUGGCUGUCAGCGACCUCCUGCUGGCUGUGGCUUGCAUGCCCUUCACCCUCUUGCCCAAUCUCAUGGGCACAUUCAUCUUUGGCACAGUCAUCUGCAAGGCAGUUUCAUACCUCAUGGGAGUGUCUGUGAGUGUGUCUACAUUAAGCCUCGUAGCCAUCGCCCUGGAACGGUACAGCGCCAUCUGCCGACCACUACAGGCGCGCGUGUGGCAGACGCGCUCCCAUGCUGCUCGUGUUAUCGUGGCCACGUGGCUGCUGUCUGGACUGCUCAUGGUGCCCUACCCCGUGUACACUGUCGUGCAACCAAUGGGGCCUCGUGUGCUUCAGUGUGUGCAUCGCUGGCCCAGUGCGCGGGUCCGCCAGACCUGGUCGGUAUUGCUGCUCCUGCUCUUGUUCUUCGUCCCGGGUGUGGUUAUGGCUGUGGCCUAUGGGCUUAUCUCCCGUGAGCUCUACUUAGGGCUUCGCUUUGACAGUGACAGUGAGAACCAAAGCAGGGUCCGAAGCCAAGGAGGACUGCCAGGCGGGGCUGGACCAGGUGGGCAAAAUCCAGGAGAGGCAGAGGUUUGGGAAGGGGCGGGGCCUACUAGAGUGGGUGGGACUAAAGGGAGAGCCAGAAGACAGCUGGAAAUGGGGUAUAGGGGAAGAAAAUGGGAGACUAGUUGGUCAGGUGGAAAUUGGGUUGGUGACUGGGAAGACUCUGCCUUCUGCUCUGACUGCCCACUCUGUACCUCAGCUCCUGUCCACCAGAACGGGCGUUGCCGGCCUGAGACUAGCCUGGCUGGCGAGGACAGUGAUGGCUGUUAUGUGCAACUUCCACGUUCUCGGCCUGCACUGGAGUUGUCAGCGCUGACGGCACCCACUCCUGGGUCAGGAACCGGAACACGGCCCACCCAGGCCAAGCUGCUGGCUAAGAAGCGCGUGGUGCGAAUGUUGCUGGUGAUCGUUGUGCUCUUUUUCCUGUGUUGGUUGCCAGUGUACAGUGCCAACACAUGGCGUGCCUUCGAUGGCCCGGGUGCACACCGUGCGCUCUCAGGUGCUCCGAUCUCCUUCAUCCACUUGCUGAGCUAUGCCUCAGCCUGUGUCAACCCCCUCGUCUACUGCUUCAUGCACCGUCGCUUUCGCCAGGCCUGCCUUGAAACAUGCGCCCGCUGUUGUCCCCGGCCUCCACGAGCUCGCCCAAGGCCUCUUCCAGACGAGGACCCUCCCACCCCCUCUAUUGCUUCCCUGUCCAGGCUAAGCUACACCACUAUCAGUACCCUGGGGCCCGGCUGAAGGGUGGAGGGGGAGUGAGGGCUGAGGCAGGGUAGAUGAAGGCACUGACCCAUCAAUACACACAAAACCCACCAACCACAGCUUACACAAGCUACUGAUACCCAACAGCAUGGACUAAGCCGAAUACCCAGGAAAAGGUAGUUUACCUGAAACAAAAGAAACAAGAUGGAGCCCUAAGCAGGAAAGGAGGCAUACUUCUGAUAUGGGACAGAGCCCAGCCCAGAGAAACACGGCACUGACCUUGGACAGAUGCAGACACAGCAUUCCUAGCAAUGAACUAUUUCUAUACAGUGAGAACUCCAACAAGGGCUGACCUGCCCCUAACAAACAUAGAUUAAGGCCACUGAUUCCUUUAGGGGCUGUGAAGCCUGGCAUAGGACUGAGUCCUGGGAUACUCCAGUCUGACCCCAGUUUGACCUUACAAUGCCCUUCUUCAACCAGCACUGAAAAUACCAUCAGGCCUAAUCUCACACCUUCCUGACCAGCAGGCUGUGUUGCACUGAAAACUCCCUUAAUUCCUUUCCAGUUAAGAACUAUGGCUCUGCCCGCUCCUUCCUCACCCAAACUCUUCAAGAAAUAAUAAAUGACUUAGCUUCCUCCUGGACUUUGUUCCUGGACUUUGGGGGGGCAGAUCAGGAGGCAAGGAAUUUUAUGGUGUUUUGUCUCUCAGGUCUCUCCCACUGCUGCCCAUUCUUAUGUGUGUACAACCUCUGCCAAAAAGUUCAUGGUCUGAGGUUCAAUGUGUAUUCUUUCUGGGUUAUCAUCCUGAACCUACCGGCACUCCACUGUCAUAACAGGGAGUGGGGGUAGGAGGUAGUAUAUCCAUGACACAUCAUGAUUCCUGAUCACAUUCUCCUAGAGUGGUCCCAUU